AUGUUUCAUCUGUUUGUUCUCUUCUAUACCACCAUGGCGGGCAUCGCGAAUCCCAACUCGAGAAGAUAUGUCAGCCAAGUUGGCAUCCUAUCACUGGAAUCACUUUUUCUGGGGAGUGUGAUUCUGUUCUUUGUUGCGUCAAACACGCCCUGGUCUUGGGACCAUCCGAUGAUCUUCAAAACGGGCUCUCAUCUCCCUGUUCAAUUCUGGCUGGCUGUUUUGGGUGUAGGGUUCAGCCUGCUCGCAUUUGGACUGUCCGAGUCAUAUGUUCACUUGUUUGACGUGUGGUGCACAUGGAAAGCUGGCAGCGAUUCUGGACUCGACUACGCGAGAUAUCUCAACACCCAACCAAGAGCUCCAGUAGUUGUUGGCUUUCGCGGAUUUCGGCCAUUCGUCAUGGUGCGGUACCUGAUUAUCUUGCUCGGCAUCGCUGGCUCGAUCGGCUACAAGUUCGCGAUUGUUCAGAUAACAGAGAUGAGUCUAGAAUUGGACGAAACAGCGGUGACGGUCCAUUUGCCAUCGGCGGAGCCAAUCGACCUAGCAACCGGCGCAACAAGCACCUGGCUACGUGACGGCCCUACUGCGCAAGCCAAUCGAGCCUUUCGACACUUCAGCAGUGUGGACGGUCAUCAUACGGACAUCGCUGUGGACGCUAUGGACCGAAUGCAACCACCUGGGGUUAUUUUCAUGUUCGGCGAAGGACUAUGCUCCGACACAUUUCACAAAUUUGACGAGGGGAUUCUCACGACUUUGGAACUGGUUGUGGUGGCAAACUUGGAGGUUGAACGUCGAGACCCCAACGACUUUGUUGAGCUGGUUCCAGGAGGAUGGACUCGCGUUGCAAGAAGGGCGGCCGGAUGGCUGGAAGGAAGCUCGGAUGGGUUGAUCAUUGAUUACAGGCACGAAGAGAACGGCACACUUAACAUACGCUGGGCUGAGAUACCCGAGUGGGCAGAUGAAGAGCGCGGGACGUUCAUAACAAGGCAACCGAUAAACAGGGGCAUUAGCUAUACCAUUGGCCUGACCCUGGCAGAAGUGUCUCGAGUUGUUGCCUCAAAGGACUGUGGGGAGUUGAAAGAAGUCUGGCCAGUGGACUCCUUGAUAUCAACCAUCCCUCUUGGACCCCCUGCAACGCAGAAUAACCAACUCCUCAACACGCUACUCAAAGACCCCAAAAUAUCCAUUUUGGAUGGCGUGGGGCUGAUUGUUCGCAACUCCAUGACCACCUGGGGCCACGCCAUUCACGCUUCAGAGCGACCAAACUACACUCCAGGCCAUGCGCCUGUCCCUUCAGAACGCUCACGAUGGGAUCUCGUUCCACUCGCAUCCGAAAAACAUAAGGGAAAUCACGGCGGUAAAUACUUCAAAAAGCAUGGCCGCCCCGGAGCCGUGUAUCUCGAGUCAAACGUCACGUUUCCACGCGACUUUGGUGACCCGAGAGUAGCCCAGGCAUAUUCGUGGAUGUUUUUACCGCAAGACCAGAACCAUCCGGUCAGCUAUCCGUAUUACGAAGGAACCAGUGUCCAGAAUGCCGGUGUGGGGGGUUACUCUCAGGCAGCCGUCAUCUUCAUUAUUCUUGGCGUGAUUGGGUGCUCGCUUAUUCUUGUCAGACUGUACCUUGGACCGGCAGGAAUAACGUCCUGGAUGGGCCAGCAUGUAUAUUUGGCGUUGGAAGGCAGGAUCCAGAGAGAUGGUUCGGAGAUAUUGGCGUGCGGGCAUCAGGUUGCGCAAGAUCUUGGAACGGUCAGGAUUGAGAAGCAUUCCCGGAUAAUGAAUGAAGACGAAAGGAACACGGCAGAGAGAGUUGAGUCCAGGAGCUCGACCGGGCUGUGGAUCAAGGGAGUUUGA